AUGAGGUUCAUUUGGACCUUGAGCUUGAUCGUCACUGCCCUUGGACUUGCUCCUGUCCGAUUCGACAGGGAGAAGGUGUUCCGUGUGAGGCCCCAGGAUGAAAACCAAGCAAACAUCAUAAAGGACUUGGCCAAAACCAAUGAGCUCGACUUCUGGUAUCCAGAUGCCACACACCAUGUGACUGCUAACAUGACGGUGGAUUUCCGAGUUAGUGAGAAAGAAUCCCAAUCUCUCCAGUCUGCCUUGGAUCAAAACAAAAUGCACUAUGAAAUCCUAAUACAUGAUCUACAAGAAGAGAUUGAGAAACAGUUUGAUGUUGAAGAAGAUAUCUCUGGCAGGCACAGUUAUGCAAAAUACAAUAACUGGGACAAGAUUGUAGCUUGGACUCAAAAAAUGGUGACUAAGUAUCCUGAAAUGGUCUCUCGGAUCAAAAUUGGGUCAACUGUUGAAGAUAAUCCACUAUAUAUUCUCAAGAUUGGAAAAGAUGAAACAAGAAAGGCUAUUUUUAUGGACUGUGGCAUUCAUGCACGAGAAUGGAUUGCCCCAGCUUUCUGCCAGUGGUUUGUCUAUCAGGCAACAAAAAGUUAUGGAAAAAACAAAAUUAUGACCAAACUUUUGGACCAAAUGAAUUUUUAUGUUCUUCCUGUGUUCAAUGUGGAUGGAUAUAUUUGGUCAUGGACACAGAACCGACUGUGGAGAAAAAAUCGCUCCAGGAACCGCAACUCCAGCUGCAUUGGCACAGACCUCAACAGGAACUUUGAUGUCUUGUGGAACUCUUCUCUGAACAAUAAUAACCCGUGUAGUAACAUCUAUAGGGGCUCUGCACCAGAAUCUGAGAAAGAGACAAAAGCUGUCACUGCCUUUAUUCGAAGCCACCUGAAAUCCAUCAAAGCUUACAUCACCUUCCAUUCCUACUCCCAGAUGCUGCUGUUUCCCUAUGGAUACACAACUGAGCUGCCAGCCAACCAUGAGGACCUGAACAAAGUUGCAAAGAUUGGCGCUGACGUUAUAUCAACUCGAUAUGAAACCAGCUAUAUUUAUGGUCCAAUAGCAUCAAUAAUUAAUCCAACAACAGGCUCUUCUUUAGACUGGGCUUAUGACCUGGGUAUUAAACACACAUUUUCCUUUGAGCUCCGUGAUAAAGGCAAAUUUGGUUUCCUCCUUCCUGAAUCCCUGAUAAAGCCAACCUGCAAGGAGACCAUGCUGGCUGUCAAGUUCAUUGCCAAGUACAUCCUGAAGCACACGCCCUGAAGAAUCACCCUCCACUUAGAAGGCACCAGUCCUGUUACCUAUGUGUGUGCCUUUCCGCAGAAAGCCAGGCUCCAGGUACCCCUGGACACAGCUUCCACACCACCUGAACAGGUCCUGCUGUGCUUCAUUUAAAUCCUGCUUUUUUUUUUUCCAAUAACCCCCAGUAAUACCUUAACAAAGUAGUUUUAAGUAAAAUCUUUAAGUACCUGUCUUUACUAUAAGUAAAGUUUGAUUCAUCAGAAAGCAUUUUUUUAAGUAUCUGAGUAUUUUGAAAGGUGAUAUAUUGUGGGAUGCAGGAAAGAAAUGAAAUCCUUUAGUUUCUGUAGAAUCUGAUUUUUAUCUCAUGGUUUCAUCAUAUUGUAUGCUGAUAUAACAAAAAAAAAUAAAAUAUAUUCCAAAGAUUUCUGACUGCAUCUUCUAUUUCUCAUAGACUAUAUUCUCUGUAUGUCUCUAUUAGCAUUAAUAAUCAAGAUGGAUACUUUUUUUAAGUCUGUUAAUAAGAAAUACUAUC